AUGCUUCCUCUCCAAAGUCAGGUUUCACGACCCUUGGAUUCAUAUUCACUGAAAGAAUGGAAAGGUGUGGAGAUUCAUGAUACACCUGGGGCGGGCUAUUAUGGGCCACUGUCAUCUUCGUAUUUCGGGGCUCGCAUGAGUCACUUCCUGGCCAAUGUGAGCAAGGGCUUAGAGUCGGCGUUUCAGAUUGGUUCUUUCCGGCUGAACUAUCCGCCUACAUGUCACCAUGCGUCGGAGAAGAUGGAGCCGAAUACCUUGUCCCGGGCUCAAGAGCAAUAUUUUCUUGAUCUGCUCUGGCAGUCAUUUCAUUGCGUCUAUCCAAUCAUCGUGGAACCGGAUUUCAGGAUCUACUACGAGUAUUUAUGGGAAAGAGAUCAAGUUACACGACGUCCUUCUCCACUGGUAGAUAGCCUGCUAGCUGUUUGUAUGCAAUAUGGAGCCACAUUUCUCAUGAGUGAUGAGAAUGACGUGGAAAGUGAUGGGGGUCACCAUGUUGCAACAGUUUCGAAAGAGAGUCACGCAUUCUUUCGUCGGGCUCAGACCCUGCUUCUUGACCAGAUGGAAAGCCCUUCGAUAAUGGCAUUGCAGAGCCACAUAUACUGUAUUGUCUAUUUGCAUAAUACCUCAUUCUUCAAUGCGGCCUAUUCUCUUUUGGGAACAGCUGUGAGGGUUGCUCAGAGUCUUCGGCUCCAUCUACCGCGUGACACGUCAAUUCAGAAGGACCAAGACUUAUACCAACGUCUUUGGCAUACACUGUUUGUCCUAGAUUGUCAGUUGUCCAUGGUUCUGGGCCGACCUUUGGUAACCCGUGUUGAAGUUAAUUUGGAUCUACCAGGAGAUACCCAGGAACACGCGCUUCUAUCUGGCUCAAUGUUGAUGAUCCCAGGCCACGAGGAAAUCAGCUGGUUAACCUUCCACGUACAGUCUACCCGGCUAUUGACCAUCGCGCAAAGUGUCCAAAUUGCCUUCUAUCAACAAGGCGCUCGAUUAAUCGAGCAGAAGAAUGCCGAAAGUAUAUACUGUGACCUUUACAUGAUCGAAGAGCUAGCCGCAUGCCUUGCCCGAGAAGUUGGCGCGAUAUACGACUGGACACGUCAUGUACCACCCUCGCUCCAGAAUUGCCGAGUUUCCGGCGAACCAUUCUCCACGAAGCGCAUUCCAAUCAAUUUUGAUACCUCCAGUCCCCUAUGGCUCCAACGACAACGAAUCCUCCUUGAGCUCCUGUACCAUCAUCUCCAACUCUCGACCUUUCGCUCAUUCCUGCGCUUCCCACCUGGAAACUCGUCAAUCACCCCAUUAUCAGACUGCCACAGCAUUAACUGCUUGAACCAUGCUGUCGCUUUGACCAACCUUCUCCACCAAGUACUCACCGAAACUGACCUACUCCGUGGAUGGAAUCCCGUAUUCCAGUACCAAUGGGAUGCCGCUCUGUGCACCCUAGGCUUCGUCCUAGCCAACCCAGUCUGUCCACCAACCCCCGCAGCUCGCAAGUCCAUCCAGACAGCCAUACACUGCUUUGAAAUAAUGGGGAAGAACUCUGUGGCGGCUAGAACGGCAGCAGAGAUAGUGCGAGAAGCUGGGAUCCAAGCUGAGACGCUUGUUGAAAAGUUCCAUAAUAGCUUGUCAGCUCGUGGCCCACCGACAAAACAGCGGGCUCAGACUAGCGCUGCAGUGCAAGUUAUGGCGGCGCCGGCAUUGACACCGGAGUAUCUACAGAGUUUGGAGGCGAAUCAAUCUUUUAAAAUCGGGGACUUUGUGAAUGAUCUAUCGACUGGUGAUAUUCUCGCAUUUGAUGCUUCAAAGUUCCCUGGUAUUACGGAUGAUGUACUCUCUACAAUGGAACUCCCGUGGGAGAAUGAUGAGGUGGCUCUGGACUCGUUCUCGCUCUCUCUGGGAAACACCAUGUAG